ACGCCAUUUAGAGGAAGGCUGGAAAAGGACCUUUCUAAGAAUGCGGAAGUGGAGCAGUCAAUUUCAAUGGAUCUUUCUUAUUGUACUUCAGUGCAAUGGACAGUUCUAUAGGAUAUGAUUAAGUGGAAUGGAUGGAAACAAUGAAUGUGGCGAGGUGGACUAUUUGCUGCAAGAUGAAGACUCACUCAUCGAAGGAGUCAGCAACCCUGUCUUGUUUGUGGUCAUUCUCAGUGUCACGUUCCUGUGUGGACUGGUAACUCUGCUCUGCAGAAAUGAGCAGUAUAACAUCCACCCAGAGAACCAGGAACAUGUCCGUGCCGUCCGGCAACAGCUACAGUCCGAAUCUCAGGAAGCUGAACCAGCCGAACCCAGGCGACAGUUCUAUACAGACAUGUCCUGUCCAGUGUGUCUACAGCAGGCCGUGCUGCCUGUGGAAACCAACUGUGGCCACCUCUUCUGUGGUUCUUGUAUAAUUGCGUAUUGGAGAUAUGGGACAUGGUUCGGUGCGAUCAAUUGUCCCAUCUGCAGACAAAUGGUGACCCUGUUGUUCCCGCUCUUCCAUGAGCAAGUCUCCCCUCAGCAGGUACAGGAUGGAACGGUUGAACCGCUCCUCAUCCUCCGGGAUCUCGGCGACUACAACCGCAGGUUCUCCGGGCAACCCAGAUCUAGAGGUGGUGACCCAGAGACUGGCAGCGUGAUGGAGAGAGGUGGUGACCCAGAGACUGGCAGGAUGAUGGAGAGAGGUGGUGACCCAGAGACUGGCAGGGUGAUGGAGAGAGGUGGUGACCCAGAGACUGGCAGCGUGAUGGAGAGAGGUGGUGACCCAGAGACUGGCAGGAUGAUGGAGAGAGGUGGUGACCCAGAGACUGGCAGGAUGAUGGAGAGAGGUGGUGACCCAGAGACUGGCAGGAUGAUGGAGAGAGGUGGUGACCCAGAGACUGGCAGCGUGAUGGAGAGAGGUGGUGACCCAGAGACUGGCAGGGUGAUGGAGAGAGGUGGUGACCCAGAGACUGGCAGGAUGAUGGAGAGAGGUGGUGACCCAGAGACUGGCAGGAUGAUGGAGAGAGGUGGUGGACCCCCGUUCAAUUCAAACUUCAUUGUCCGCUCGACUGCACAGAAAUUGAUUUGUGUAGGACUAUAUUAGACACAAUGCCAGGACCAGUGUCCUAUAAUCGAUUAGUUUCAGGUCAAAGGCCCUCGGUGAGGAGGGUGCUCUGUGUGUUUCUUUGGACUGGGAGUUCCACCACGCAAACGAGUGGGGACUAGUUCAUGUGUCUGCUGGCAUCAAAAGGUCUAUGCUUGAGAGUCCUAAAGUUAAUAUUCAGAUAAGUCAUCAUGUUUUAUCGGUUGAGAUGUAAUCUUUUGAAUCUGAAAGUGUGUUUUUUAAAAUGAUUUUUGUAUUAUUAUUUUAGGAAUUGUCUAGUUACCAAGCUGCUGCUGGAUUCCAUCUAGUCUUUGUAUAAAUACCCUGUAGCAUGACUGCGGCAUGUAAAAAGAGACUGUUAUCUCAUCGUCUUAUGUGUGAGGAUUAAUAAUGUGAAAUAAUAUUAUUAUUAAUGAGGAAAGAAAACCGUAGACUUAUUUUAACAAAAAUAAUGACAUUUGUUACAGAUUAAAAUGAUUGUAUCUAUUUUAGUUUAAGGGCUAAGGACUUCAAGAAAUGUAGAAAAGAAAAGGAAAGAAAAAACUACAAAAGAAGAAAAAAAAACAGCCCCCCCCCCCACAUUCCUAUUGAGUUCCAACCCCAG